AUGUCCCCCGGAGUCGACAAUUCACAAUUCCUUUCUCUCGUUGAAUCUCUGCGUACCGCCCCAACCGCACCCGAUGCCAAAGGUGCUGCAGAUAGAAUCGCAUCACAAGUUUCAAAAUAUGGUCUACAAUCGCUUGAAGACUGUAACAUCAUCCAAACCAUGCAUACUUUUGCCAUGAACAAAAAAUCUGGCUACGAACGGGAAUCUGCAGCUAUAGCUUUCCAAUCAUUUGCCAAUAUUCUAGGUCCACCCGCUGCACCUUUACUUCUUCCUUCCCUUCCCAUACUUUUCGAUCUAUACAUGGACAAAGGCGAUGUCGUUCGCAUUGCCGCGACAGCUGCGGUGAAGGCGAUCAUCAAACUCUUUCCUCCCGAAGCUACUCGUAUUCUUUUCAAGGCUUUGUCUAACGUCGUGGAGAACGGAAAGUGGAAAAGUAAAGUCGGCGCAUUGGACGCGAUGCGAAAUUUCACGUCGUCCGCUAAAGAACAGGUCGCCGCUGAGUUAGGGCACAUUCUCCCCAAAAUAGAAAAUGCAAUGCAUGACACCAAGUCAGAGGUCUCAACUGCCGCUAUCAAAUGUGCAACGUCAUUGUGCGACACUCUUGCCAACCCUGAUAUUGUUGUCCACAUCCCGACUCUCGUCAAGUGCAUGUCUAAUCCAGAUUCCGUAGCCGCCUGUAUCAAAGCUCUUUCGUCCACUACCUUCGUCGCAGAGGUCACUGCCCCUGCACUGGCCGUCCUUGUCCCACUUUUGAUUCGUGCACUCAAUGAUCGCAGCAUGGAGGUUCAACGCCGUACCGUGGUUGUAAUAGACAAUUUAGUUAAACUCGUUCGAGAUCACAAUGUCGCUGCUCUAUAUUUGAGCCCGUUAGUCGAAGGAACGGACAAGAUAGCAGAAGGUGCCUCAUUUCCAGAAGUCCGUGCGUUCGCAAAUGCGGCACUAGAAACCCUGCUUAAAGCAGGCGCAUCCAGGGAUGGUCCUCCGCCAGUGCAUCGAGACACCGAGGGCGAAAUAAGGGAGGCAGAAUACGUUCUACUGACUUUACUUCCCGAACAACUCCGAGAUCCUGCAGCAGCUCACAUCACACCCAAUGGCCCCCACAAACCUAGGUACAAUCAAUUAAGGUUAUCUAUCGAAUUUCAGGCUUCCUUAGUCGCCGAUCUCUUCCAUGACCGCAAGUUUUAUGAGAAGCAGGCUUGGAGUCGUUGUGUCGGUGUCUACAUGAAACUUUGGCUGGAUGCUGAGGGUGCCGCUACCUACGCUGAAAACAUUCGUUCGCACUUUUUGAAUGCCGAUCAAGCUAAACAUGCUGUGGCCACCAAUGGUACUGAAGAGGAAGAGCUUUUGUGUGAUACCCUCUUCUCUCUCGCAUACGGGUCACUACUUCUACUCUCCCAUACAACCCUUCGCCUCAUUCGAGGGCGUCGAUAUGGUAUCCUUGGUGCAAAUGGAUCAGGGAAAUCGACGUUGAUGCGACAAUUGCGUGAUGGAAAGGUGGAGAACUUUCCGCCUCAAGAUCAAUUACGAUGCGUCAUGGUGGAGCACUCCCUACAAGGAGAAGAUACGUCGUUGUCCGUACUUGAUUUUAUCGUUGCAGAUUCUGCCCUGGCUGGUGUACCCCGAUCAAAAAUUCGAGAUCAACUCGUUGAAGUCGGGUUUGACGAUUCUCGUCAGUCUGACAUCGUUGGUAGAUUGUCUGGUGGAUGGAAGAUGAAGCUGGAGCUCGCCCGCGCAAUGCUGUAUAACGCCGAUCUCUUACUCUUGGAUGAGCCCACUAACCAUUUGGACCGUGCAUCCGUAAAAUGGCUCGAGCAUUAUCUUAUCGCACAUCAGAAUAUAACUUGUUUGAUUGUCAGUCAUGAUUCUAGUUUCUUGGAUAAUAUUACCACCGACAUCAUACACUACGAGAACAAGAAGCUUGUGUAUUAUCCCGGAAAUCUGUCCAAGUUCGUUGAACGCCAUCCUGAGGCCAAGUCGUACUACACUCUCGCUGCUACUUCGAUCAAGUUCUCGUUUCCUGCACCCGGAUCUCUCAUGGGUGUUCGAAGUAAUACAAGAGCCAUUUUGAAGAUGACGAACUGCACUUUCACCUACCCUGGACGAAGUACUCCAAGUCUUUACAACGUUAGCUGUGCGCUUUCGCUAUCAAGUCGUGUUGGUGUGGUUGGGCCCAACGGUGCAGGCAAAUCCACGCUAAUCAAGCUGCUGACUGGUGAGACUGUACCUCAAGAAGGCACAGUAUUUAAGCACCCUUCCCUGCGAGUGGGAUAUGUUUCUCAACAUGCUACACAUCACAUCGAACGUCAUUUAGAGAAGACACCGAUCGGCUACAUCCAGUGGCGUUUCCAAGAUGGGCAUGACCGUGAAAUACUGGAGAAGGCCACUCGUGUACUUACCGAGGAGGAGAAAAGGCUAUUAGACCAAGACUGGGUAGGCAGGAACGGCACCAAACGGAAGCUCGAGAUCAUAAUGGGUCGCCAAAAGCUGAAGAAGUCCUUCCGAUAUGAAAUUAAGUGGCGCGGGCUCGACCAUAAAUUCAACACCUGGGUCCCUCGUGAAGACCUAAUCAACAAGGGCUUCGUCAAACUCGUCCAACAAUUCGACGAUCUAGAGUCAUCCAGAGAAGGUGCUGGGGCCAGAGACACGGCGGCUCACCUAGUUCGUAAGCACCUCGAGGAUAUAGGAUUAGAUGGGGACAUCGCACAAUAUAACGAGAUAUCGGGACUUUCUGGAGGUCAGAAAAUUAAGCUCGUGAUAGCUGCAUGUCUUUGGAAUAACCCUCAGAUAUGCGUGUUGGACGAGCCUAGUAAUUUCUUGGACCGUGAAGCCCUUGGAGGGCUAGCUAUUGCAAUCAGGGACUGGGCGGGUGCCGUGAUUAUUAUUUCUCACAACCAUGAGUUCGUUUCUGCCCUAUGUCCUGAGAUAUGGCAAAUUGAAGCGGGCUCCAUGACGCACAAGGGCAAAGCUGCGACAGUCGAGGAUGCGUUCCUGGACAAGAAAGGAAGCGGCACGAGUACGCCUAUUCGUUCAAGGCUUGCCUCUCCCGCUGUGUCUACGAACGCAACGCCAGCUGGCAGUGGUGCAGAAGAUUUGGCGGCGGUAACGGGGACGGCCACUCCUCCCAUCAAGAAGAAGAAGAAGUUGACUCGCAAUCAACUCAAAGCCCAAGAGGAGCGACGAAGAUUGAGAAAAGUCAAUUGGCUCACGCAUGGUGGGCCCAAGCCUGAAGAUACUGACAGUGACGCUUAA